AGAGUAUUCAGUAAUGCUUUGCAUGGCCAGCCAGUCGCUAGUAGGCUCGUCGGUGAGAGUCGUGUCGUUCACUCGAAGUGAUCGUGUGGUGUUACUCGACGAGCCAGUCAGGAGACGGUAUAUCGAAACGCGAGGUAUAAUCAAACGGCGACGAAUGUAUCAGCAAACGUGAGUGCAUUUCGUGAGACUGUGAGAAAAUAACCGAAAACGAACAAAGCGUUAUAUUAUCAAACCGGAGCGAACACCGACGGUGGAGCUUCGACUUCACGUACUGUUAUUUCACUGAAAACAAAAAACCAUCGAGCCACACUGUGUAUGGUACACAAGCGAUCCAAGAUGCUGUCGUCAGUGCCAGCGAAAUAAUAAUGUGGUGCGACGUUGGUCAGAGUUGUGCAAUGAUGGGUCUGCAGGCCACGGCAGGAAAACGUAAACUGGAGGGAGGUGUGGGCUGCAUGGAGUUCGACAUGGACAUGGGCGAGAGCCCAUCGAAGUUGGGCCGAGUGGAGGGUAGCUGGUGGGCGAUGGAGGAUAGUUAUACGCCCCCACUGAGCCAGACCCCGGCGUCUUACUACGAGAUGGAAGUGAGUCCGCCUUGCCUGCAGAUAAAUCCCUGUCAACCGACAUCGGCGAGUCAGCAGCAGCAGCAGCAGCAGCAACAACAACAACAACAGCAGCAUCAGACGUCGCAGCAGCAACAGCAGCAGCAGCAGCAGCAACAGCAGCAGCAGCACUCUACGACGCCGACAUCGGCGCCGCCGCCUUCGACGGUGGCGCAUCUACAUCAUCAUCCCCAACAUUACUACCAUCACCAGCGCGGACCCAGCAGUCCGGUUGGCAGCAACGGAUACAGUCAACUGUCGAGGCCGCAGCCACAAUGGGGCGCGCCUCACCAUUACGAGCCGCCGACGAUACGGCGAGAGGAGAACGGAAAGAGUUAUCUGGAGCUUGGCUCGAGUUACCGGGCGAACGAGAGGUGCUGCGAGGGCUCGAGGUCGAGUUGGUGCCGGCGCGGCAGAGCCUGCUACAGGCAGAGGCGGCUCGCCGUGCUGAACAUUUCGAUGUGCAAGUUGGCGAGGUACCGCCAGUUCCCGGACCCGAGCCUGCACCGGUCCGUUCUGAUCUGCAACACGCUCAGGCAUCUGGAACGGGAAAUGGAGAGGGACAGAAGUCCGCCGCCCAUGGAGCCGGUGAUACCAGCGCCGAUCGCUCAGCUGCAACCACCCGAGCAGGGCAGGCUAACGCCGUUUCCGAUGCCGCCAACCUCCUCGAACGAGACCGACGUCGACUCCGGGAUCGGCGACAGCGACGACAGUCGCUCGAUCAACUGGGGCAGCGUGCUGUCGCUCUCGAGUCAGUCACCGCUGGACCCCCUGAACAACAACGAGCUACUGGACGUGGACAUCGGUCCGGACCUAGACCUAGACUUCAUGCCCGGAUGGAAGCUGACGCCCCUUUCCGCCGACGACAUCCUCAGGAGUACGACGGCCCAGGAACAGCAACACCAGCACCAGCAACAACAACACCAUCAGCAACAGCAACACUUAGCCACGCCGGCCAGUGGUAGCUGCGGCAGCAGCAACAUGGGCAGCGCCUGCGCAACCACCGGAAACAGCAGUAGUACGCACGAGUCGUUGAUGUGCGUUGGAUCAUAGCCCCCGAUUUUGACAUCGUUGAGUCACCUCAUCGACUUCUAUCCGCUGAUGCCACAGAGCAAAUAAUGCGCGGCUAACACCUAGAACCGCGGGCCGAGCGCAGACGACGGCGUAACCGCCGCCAUUGCCGCCGCCCUCUCUCGAAACUGCGACGCCUGGUCGGCGACUCUACAGGAGGUCUUCUUUUUCUUAUUUAUUACCGUUCGUGUCAAUUACGCACCGAUUGGUUCUCUCGAUUACGUUCCGCUACCACCGCAACCGGCACCACCAUGGCCGUGCCCCUUGAAAAGGGGCCGCGCGUCGUGACACGCUGCUCUCGCAGGUGCAGAGACGUAGCGGAUCUCAUGGCGCAUACCCUUUAGGGCAUGCGAAACCGAGAGGUGAUUACCAUUUAUUAAUCGACGAGUACCCGAGUUCGCUUUUCGCCAGCAAUAUCUUCGACCGCGCGCGCUCCUCGCCGCAAACACACCCUCCGUACUUCUUUCGUCUCGCGUUGCAAAUUCGAUGCUUUUCUCGAAAAUAUUGGCAGGUUCGUUUCACUUCGAACGAACUUGCCAGACCGGUACAAGAUCGUGGAUUACCACCAGAGACACUUUUCUCUGGGAGGAUACGAGGGUUCGGACUUGACGAGAUUCAACGUCAAUGAUCUGUUGGAACAAUUUGAUUUUACAUUAUUUCCUGCUGUUAACUUAAGAGAAUUUGAAAGUCAUGAUUCGUUUGAUGAUGAAUCGUAAUGCGAAAACGGGUCCUCGACCGGCUUCUACAACCACCUCCAAUUACUAUACUAUAUCGAAACGAUCUGUUUUUGCAGUUGCACCUGCGAGUACGGCGGCACACGUAUGAGUUCCCUGGUCGUUCGAAUUGUCGCCACCGGCACGUCAGACAGAAAUGAGAGAUAGAUAGAUAGAUAGAUAGAUAGAUAGAGAGAGAGAGAAAGAGCAAGAGAGAGAGAGAGAGAAUGAAUGUGUGUGAGAUGAGAAAGAGCGAGAGAGAGAGAGAGAGAGGGAGAGAGAGGGAGAGGGAGAGCGAGAUAGAACGAGAUAGAACGAAAAGUCUCAGAGCUUUCAACGUCCACGCCCCCGGGCCGGCGAUGCGGUUGACGAGUGCAAGAUAGCCUUCUCCUCGAAAAUGUUUAAGCGGGCAACGCUGACACGCGACAAGACCGACCGAAAACGAUCAAUGGAAAAACCAUCGUCCCUCUCCGCUUCAUUCGUAAUUCGCGAGUGUUGGCAAAUGUGAUUCGGUAUCGCUCGCCUAGCCGGCCGGCGUUGAGAACUCUUCAGCGACGUCCUCGGCGUCGCUCGUGACAGCCAAUCGAAGUAGGAGGAGUUAUCCAUCGAUCGAUGUUUUCCUUCGGAUUAGAAAGACAUUUAAAAAGAAAAAUGAAACCAGCCGACGAUUAAUCAAUGCCAUACACUGUAUUACACCAACGGUACACACUUAUACACAUUAUAAGACAUAACCGCCGUGGCCUAUACUACACAUCUCAUACCUGCAUAUUAGAAGAGAAACACUUCACACGCACACCCACACGACGAGGAACACGCGAAACAUCUGAUCGACGGACACGCAUACACACGACAUACACACACAAGCGCGCGCGCGCACGCAGAGACAUAUUCUACACACACGCGCGUUCGUACAUAGAAAAGAAAGAAUCGAUAUGGUGCUAGGACGAUUACACCCUGGUGCUUACUUCUGUAUACACACAGCCAUGUGCGUACAUUCGCACGGAUCGCCCGCAGUCUUCGUCGAGGAGUCUAAAUACGUCCUGACGUCGUGGACAGGACACGGUGUGAUCGAACGCGGCUCCAUCCAGAUUGCCAUCUAACUUGAGGGCCAGGACCAUGCCGAGUACUCCGCCGGAGGAAAGGCGCAGGAUUCCUCGUUGGAUGGAGGUGCGCUCGAGGUCAAGGACACGCGCCGCGCAUCCGGUGUUCUGGCGCACGACGCUUAAACAAAUGUACCUGCAUUUUAGAAAUCGGGAUUAACGAUACCGGUCCCUUCGGACCGUCGCGCGAAGGCCACUGUGCGCCACUGAUCUCCCGUAAAUGUACUAUAUUACGUAUAAAAUAGUGUGGCCGACGGACAUAGUGCGAAGGUGACCAAAUUUACCUGGGGUGGAACUCGGCGAGAUUUAAUUAAAACUCGACAAGACGCGCUUCGCGAAGAGGAAACCGGCGAUCCGCGCGCGCGAUCUCGUCCUCAACGUCCACUAAACCGCAGAAUACCCAUUCAGAGAGCAGCUAUACUUAAAUCGAGAUUAAGCGAAGUUUAAAUGCGAGUCUAUCCAGACACACGCACACAUACACACACGCGCACACACACACGUGCAUACACACAGAGAGAGAGACAAGCAUCCACACAAACACACAUACACACACGAUUUAACGAACGAUAUAAAUAAACUUUAUAAAUCGACUGAUCAAUUGCGCGAGAGAACAAAAAACAAAAUAUGACCGAUAGAUAAUAACGUUUUACGACACGAGGGUGAUUUAAACUGUAAUUAAUUCAGUGUUAAGCCGACAAGGCACGCAUGUGAAACAGAGACAGAAAACACGCGUACAUUUGUAUACAGAGAAGCAUACGUACACACACGAUCUACGCAGCGACACGACUGUACAUGAAGACACGCUGAAUAGUCGAUGUAUAUAGGAUACACACACGCGCGCGCACGCGCACGCGCAAUACACACGAACACGUACGUGCUAAGUCGAAAUAAUUGUCAACCGCGAAUCGCGAGCUCUGGCAGAUUUCCAUCUUCUAAUUCGGUUUUCCUUUUCUGAAUUCCGCCCGCAAGGAAUCAACAACCCUCCGGGCUCUCGAUCUUUUACGAAUCGUUUCGCCGAUUUUCCCGGAAACAUACGAGAAAAAUCAUUUCGAACGGCGCGAAACAUCUCGGACACGAUGGUUACGUACAUCUCGUCGAAGCGACCCGUGACUUCCUAAUAUCUAGCGAGCAGAAUAUUCUUCUGGUGCUGCUCGAAGUGCUCGGCAUCGGUCCGACACGACUCGAAUUCAAAGCUCCGCUACCGGUUACACCCAGCAAUCUAGCCCAGAAAAUAUCCUGCUCGCUUAUCGCAUCAGGGUACGACUCGCUUCGGUGCGGUGUGCCUACAAUUCGGGUUAUACAAUUUCUGUGAAAAACCAUGCAUACACAAACCACGCGUACACGAAGAAAGAACGAAACAAAGAGAGAGAGAGAGAGAGAGAGAGAG